CGUUAUAGUUAACCAUGGAUUAGUGUGUACUCAAAGUGAAGGUGUGAGAUAGAGGGGAUAUAAUAGUGAAAUAUAGAAAUUUGGGAUUCAAUUGGGAGUUAUUUUCAUUUUAAUCACCUCCUGGGUUGAGAUUUGAAGGAGAUCCAAAUCCAAAUGCAUUGAAUGCAGAUCACCUGAAUUUCCGCCAGAUCUCCCUCUUCCGCGCUCUUAAAGAACAGAACAAAUCACUCCGCACCACCGUCAGGGUUAGGGUUAGGGUUGGGUUCUAAGUUUUAGCCACCAGAAACAAUGGCGGUCUCCGACGGUGUUGUCAGGAAAAUUGUCCUCUCCUACACCUACGUCGCCAUAUGGAUCUUCCUCAGCUUCACCGUCAUCGUCUACAACAAGUACAUUCUGGAUCGGAAGAUGUACAACUGGCCGUUUCCGAUCUCGCUCACCAUGAUCCACAUGGCCUUCUGCUCCUCCCUCGCCUACCUUCUCGUUCGCGUCUUCAAGCUCGUGGAACCGGUUUCGAUGUCUCGGGAUCUGUACUUCAAAUCCGUUGUCCCAAUCGGUGCACUCUAUUCACUUUCCCUCUGGUUUUCCAAUUCCGCGUAUAUAUACCUAUCUGUUUCGUUCAUUCAGAUGCUCAAGGCGCUUAUGCCUGUCGCGGUGUAUUCCAUUGGGGUCAUGUUCAAGAAAGAGGUCUUCAAGAACGAGACCAUGGCCAACAUGGUUUCUAUUUCGCUUGGGGUCGCAAUUGCUGCUUACGGGGAAGCCAAAUUCGAUUCCUGGGGUGUCACGCUGCAGCUUCUGGCAGUUGCGUUUGAGGCCACUAGGUUGGUUCUGAUUCAGAUUUUGCUUAAUUCCAAGGGAAUUUCGUUGAACCCUAUUACCUCGCUUUACUAUAUUGCUCCCUGUUGUUUGGUGUUCUUGUCCGUGCCGUGGAUUAUCAUGGAGUACCCUUCGUUGAGGGACAACUCCAGCCUGCAUUUGGAUUUCGGGAUUUUCGGGACCAAUUCUGCUUGCGCUUUUGCGUUGAACCUUGCUGUUUUCUUGCUGGUGGGAAAGACCUCGGCUUUGACUAUGAAUGUUGCUGGGGUGGUCAAGGAUUGGCUCUUGAUUGCGUUCUCUUGGUCUGUGAUAAAGGACACUGUGACCCCACUUAACUUGUUGGGUUACGGGUUGGCGUUUUUGGGGGUUGCGUACUAUAAUCACUGCAAGUUGCAGGCCCUGAAGGCUUCUGAAGCGCAGAAGAAGGCUCAGCAGGCUGAUGAAGAGGCUGGGAGGUUGUUGGAACAGAAGGAUGGGGAUGGGACUGGAAGGAAGAACGACAACCAGAACUGAUUCAACUGAUGGUCUCAUUUUUGGUCACUCUUCUAUAAAGUUGGAUGAGGCAGGUUUUGUUUAUGGCUUUGUUCUGUAAUGUACUGCUAUUAGGUAAUUAUUGUCAUCAUCGAGUCAUUAUUAUUAUAAUUAUUGUUAUUGUUAUUACCGUUAUCAUUAUUAUAUCAUUGUGUUACUUCUGCCAGUUUAAUUAUCAUAUGCUUCUUUCGUCGCUGUA